AUGUCGGACAGUGAGGACAGCAACUUCUCCGAGGAGGAGGACAGCGAGCGCAGCAGUGACGGCGAGGAGGCCGAGGUAGAAGAAGAGCGGCGGAGUGUAGCAGGCAGCGAGAAGGAGGAAGAGCCCGAGGAAGAAGAGGAGGAGGAAGAGGAGGAAGAAUAUGAUGAGGAAGAGGAAGAGGAAGAUGAUGACAGGCCUCCCAAGAAACCCCGCCAUGGCGGCUUCAUUCUGGACGAGGCUGGUAUGUCACAGGGCUGGCAGCCCCUGCAGAUUAAGUCAGUGGUGGCACCAGAGCACGUGAAGGGCUACAUCUACGUGGAGGCCUAUAAGCAGACGCACGUGAAGCAGGCCAUCGAGGGCGUGGGCAACCUGCGGCUUGGCUACUGGAACCAGCAGAUGGUGCCCAUCAAGGAAAUGACAGAUGUGCUCAAAGUCGUAAAGGAGGUGGCCAACCUGAAGCCGAAGUCCUGGGUCCGCCUCAAGAGGGGCAUCUAUAAGGACGACAUCGCCCAGGUGGAUUAUGUGGAGCCCAGCCAAAACACCAUCUCCUUGAAGAUGAUCCCACGCAUCGACUAUGACCGCAUCAAGGCCCGUAUGAGCUUGAAAGACUGGUUUGCCAAAAGGAAGAAGUUUAAGCGACCUCCACAGAGGCUGUUUGAUGCUGAGAAGAUCAGGUCCCUGGGCGGCGAUGUUGCCUCUGAUGGUGACUUCCUCAUCUUCGAAGGGAACCGUUACAGCCGGAAGGGCUUUCUGUUCAAGAGCUUUGCCAUGUCUGCUGUGAUCACGGAGGGUGUGAAGCCCACACUCUCUGAGCUGGAGAAGUUUGAGGACCAGCCGGAGGGCAUUGACCUUGAGGUGGUGACUGAGAGCACAGGGAAGGAGCGGGAACACAACUUCCAGCCUGGGGACAAUGUGGAGGUGUGUGAGGGCGAGCUCAUCAACCUGCAGGGCAAGAUCCUCAGCGUGGAUGGCAACAAGAUCACCAUCAUGCCCAAGCACGAGGACCUCAAGGACAUGUUGGAGUUCCCGGCCCAGGAACUUCGGAAGUACUUUAAGAUGGGGGACCACGUGAAGGUGAUUGCUGGCCGAUUUGAGGGUGACACAGGCCUCAUUGUGCGAGUGGAGGAGAACUUUGUUAUUCUGUUCUCUGACCUCACCAUGCAUGAGCUGAAGGUGCUCCCCCGGGACCUGCAGCUCUGCUCAGAGACGGCAUCGGGUGUGGAUGUGGGGGGCCAGCAUGAAUGGGGGGAGCUGGUGCAGCUAGACCCCCAGACCGUGGGUGUCAUUGUGCGGCUGGAGCGGGAGACCUUCCAGGUACUGAACAUGUAUGGGAAGGUGGUGACUGUCAGGCACCAGGCUGUGACCCGGAAGAAGGACAACCGCUUUGCCGUGGCCCUGGACUCAGAACAGAAUAACAUCCACGUGAAAGACAUCGUGAAGGUCAUUGACGGCCCCCACUCAGGCCGGGAGGGCGAAAUUCGCCAUCUCUUCCGCAGCUUCGCCUUCCUGCAUUGCAAGAAACUGGUGGAGAAUGGGGGCAUGUUUGUCUGCAAGACCCGCCACCUCGUCCUGGCAGGGGGCUCGAAGCCCCGAGAUGUGACCAACUUCACAGUGGGUGGCUUUGCCCCUAUGAGUCCCCGGAUCAGCAGCCCCAUGCACCCCAGCGCUGGAGGUCAGCGUGGUGGCUUUGGCAGCCCCGGUGGUGGCAGCGGCGGCAUGAGCAGGGGCCGAGGGCGGAGAGACAACGAACUUAUAGGCCAGACUGUGCGCAUCUCCCAAGGGCCCUACAAAGGCUACAUCGGUGUGGUGAAGGAUGCCACGGAGUCCACGGCCCGUGUAGAGCUGCACUCCACCUGCCAGACCAUCUCUGUGGACCGUCAGCGGCUCACUACGGUGGGCUCACGGCGCCCAGGUGGCAUGACCUCAACCUAUGGGCGGACACCCAUGUAUGGCUCCCAGACGCCCAUGUAUGGCUCUGGCUCCCGCACACCCAUGUAUGGCUCUCAGACACCUCUCCAGGAUGGCAGCCGUACCCCGCAUUACGGUUCCCAGACACCCUUGCAUGACGGCAGCCGCACUCCUGCUCAGAGUGGUGCUUGGGACCCCAACAACCCUAACACGCCAUCACGGGCUGAGGAAGAAUACGAGUAUGCUUUCGACGACGAGCCCACCCCGUCCCCACAGGCCUAUGGGGGCACCCCCAACCCCCAGACGCCUGGCUAUCCCGAUCCCUCAUCCCCACAGGUCAACCCACAGUACAACCCACAGACGCCAGGGACGCCAGCCAUGUACAACACAGACCAGUUCUCCCCCUAUGCCGCCCCCUCCCCGCAAGGCUCCUACCAGCCCAGCCCCAGCCCCCAAAGCUACCACCAGGUGGCGCCAAGCCCAGCGGGCUACCAGAACACCCACUCUCCAGCCAGCUACCACCCCACACCCUCCCCCAUGGCCUAUCAGGCCAGCCCCAGCCCGAGUCCUGUUGGCUACAGUCCGAUGACACCUGGAGCCCCCUCCCCUGGUGGCUAUAACCCGCACACACCAGGCUCAGGAAUUGAGCAGAACUCUAGCGACUGGGUAACCACUGACAUCCAGGUGAAGGUGCGGGACACCUACCUGGAUACACAGGUGGUGGGGCAGACAGGAGUCAUCCGCAGCGUCACGGGCGGCAUGUGCUCUGUGUACCUGAAGGACAGUGAGAAGGUUGUCAGCAUCUCCAGUGAGCACCUGGAGCCCAUCACCCCCACCAAGAACAACAAGGUGAAGGUGAUCCUGGGUGAGGAUCGGGAAGCCACAGGCGUCCUGUUGAGUAUCGAUGGUGAGGAUGGCAUCGUCCGCAUGGAUCUUGAUGAGCAGCUCAAGAUCCUCAACCUCCGCUUCCUGGGGAAGCUCCUGGAGGCCUAA